UGGACCAGCGUGGACCAGGCCGGGGUUGAUGUAGGGGGAGUUCAAGCCCCAGAUCCGGAUUGAGAGCGGCUGGAUUGGCGGCGCGCAAAAGCGCGGCGGCAGCAGCUGCCCCACAAAGGGACCAGAGGGCGUCUAAUGUCAUCCACAUGGGCGUGUUGGCCGCGGCAACGAGAAACAGAGCAACGCCCAAGACCACGAUGACGGGCGUGGCAUAGGUGGCUGGUUGCCGUGCGCAGGCCCAGCCGUGGUCAAGGAGGGCUAGAUGCAAAAGAAGAGCAGUCAAGCUAGCUGGGCUAAUGGCGGUGAGCCGCAGCCAGAUGACGCAGAGCAGGAUUGAGUGCAGCAGGAGCAGGGUAAUGGGCAGGAGGAAAGCUGCAUCGCCAGUACUCAAGAGGGAGGACGUUGAGGGCGAAGCCGGCGAUACUGGCGGCAUUGGCGCAGGGGAGCGAGUCUGGGCGGAGGAGCAAAAUGGCAACGGCAAGACGCAGCAAUUCAGGCGCAUGGCUGAGGCCGCCCACCCACGCAGCAAUGGUCGUUAUCGUCAGCAAGGCCCACACGAAACGCGUGCUGUGGACACGAUGGGCCAGGACAGCCACGAGGGCGUAGACGGCGAGCACCAAGGCGCUGCGCGUCGCCAUGAGAGUCAAGCGAUUUCUUAUGCUGGCUCUCUCUCAAAUCCCCCUAUCUCUCUCUCUCUCUCUCUCUCUCUCUCUCUCUCUCUCUCUCAAAGUGCUACUACAUGUCAGAGGAGGAGGAGCUGUGGACUUUUUCUCUUUGAGCUUUAUCGUAAACGUGCUGGUGUGAAUGGCCAGCGCUCGCCUUGCGCGACCUUGACUUGGAAGGGGGCGUACAGGACAUCUACCAUCCGCGCUCCGUUGACCACUCCUGUCUUGUCUUGUCAUAACCUUCUCUUCGGCCUCUGUGUGUGUGGCGUGUGUGUGUGUGUGUGUGUGUGUGUGUGUGUGUGUGUGUGUGUGUGUGUGUGUGUGUGUGUGUAUCUUCUAGAAUCCAAAAGCGAGAGCCUCACCUCCGGGCUGCUUGUUCAAGCUUCCGGGGCAGACCCGUCAGCUAGCUCGUGGACCUCAACCAAGAAUCAGCCUAACUGCGCGCCCAGACCGCCGCCCCGCACCAGCGCCAUGGGCGAGCUGUGGCAGCAAUGCGCACACUGGCUCAGGGAUCUGGGCGUUUUGAGUGCCGACGAUGUGUCUCUCCAAGCCCAUGCCCGCGUCUUUGACCUUGCUAUGGCCUUGCAGGAUGGCACCAUUCUGUGCCACGCUGCUAAUCGCAUUCGUCCCGGCUGCAUCUCCCACAUCAACAACUCACCUGAGAUGCAGUUUAUGAAGAUGCAAAACAUCAACCAGUUUAUCGAAUGUCUGCACACCACCUUCAACCUGCCCGAAAAUGUUUUCUCCGCUGAUGAGCUCUACUAUGCCUCCAACUUUGCCAAGGUCAUGGAAGCUUUGUCCCUCUGGUCACGCUCGCGUAUCGUGCAACAAGCUGGUAUCCGGCCAUUCCCUUCCCAACCGGCCCAGAAUACAGCUGUCGAGGCUGGCCAAGAUGUCUAUUCCAGCUUGGAGGAUCUCGUGGGCCAGUCACUCAGCUUUCAGGACAUCAAGGGCACCCGUCGAGCUGCACCCCCCACCGAUGAGGAGGAAGAUGUCUAUACCACCCUCGUACAAACUUUCUCCUCCCUAACCAUGGAUUCGCCUGGAGUGGACUCGGAUGAGAUUUAUCGCUCGCUUGUCGACGUACAGUCAUCGACCUUGGUGGCGGAUACGUCUGCCAGCUUUGACGAUGAGAAUAUUUACGCCGCCUCGGGCCUGUCCCCUGACGAGCGGCGCUCCCUCGUGCUGGACGAGCUGACGCAAACCGAGAAAAACUACGUUGGCGUGCUUGAAGUUAUCCACAACACUUUCAAGCCUGCCUUGGAGAGUAUUUUGGAUGCGCGUGACAUUCGCGUCAUCUUCAACAACGUUCACCAGCUGCUCGACGUGCACCACCAAUUCCUGCAAGAUCUACAGGGUGUCAUGCAGAGGACCACUGGACGUGUGAUCAGCGUCAUCUUCAACCAACACAUGAAAGCUUUCCGCUGCUACGGUCAAUUUGUGUGCAACAUCCCCGAAGCACAGCGAAGACUGUCAGAGCUUCAAACCAAAAACACCAUCGUCAAGGAAUUGAUCAAACGCACGCCCGAUGCCCACCCAGAAAAGGCCAAUCUGCCUUCGGCACUCAAAGCCGUUGAGGAGCUGGCCAAAUACAUCAAUCAGAGCAAGCAGGAAUAUGAGAGUCUCAAAUCCAUUGAUCGCAGCUUGAACCAGUACAACGGCAAACCCUUGGUGGAGUAUGGGCGCUUGGUGAAGGACGGUGAUCUAGGCUUUCGCAAUAUGCGCACGCGCGAAAAGCUCAAAGUUCGCUACAUCUUCCUGCUCUCCGAAGCCGUUAUCGUUGCCAAGAGCAAAGGCUCGCGCUUCAACUUUAAAGCCUGCUUGGAACUCUUGGACAACAUGGAGCUGGUUGAGGCAGACUACCCGGCUGACGAGCCUCAGGAUGGUACCCACACACACGCCUUUGGCCUCAAACCUGCUGAUGCCCGGGCCCCCAUUUACUUGUUUGCUGCAAAAAAUCCCAACACAAAGAAGAAAUGGAUGGCUGCCUUCCAAGACUGCAUCGAUGCCAUCCGGGAUGCCAAGGUGGCGCCUCCAGAAGUGAAGCCUCGUGCUAAUCCAACCGAGCCAAUGGGCUCGCGGCCUCUGCCCCCCAAGCCCGUGGCCCCUGCAGCUUCACCUGGAAAAUACUUGGACUGGACGCCCAUGGGCCCGCCCAGCUCACUGGGUAGCCCACCCCCCACUCCUGCCUCUUCACAAGGCCAUGCGAGUCACGAUGAUUUCUCUGAAGACCAAUGGUUUGCUGGUGUCAUGGAUCGUGGACAGGCUGUCUCCGUUCUUGCUGGCAUGACUGAUGGUGCCUUCUUGGUCCGCGAGAGUGUACAGCGCCUUGGCGAGUACUCGUUGAGCAUCAUGUAUCGUGGUGAUGCCAAGCAUAUCAAGAUCAACCGCAGUGGCAACAAGUUUGACGUGGCUCCGGAUUCAAAGGCAUUUUCCACCGUUCAGGAUUUGGUGUCGUAUUUCCAGCAGCACAGCCUAAGCCGUCACUUUCCCGGCAUGGACACCACACUUCGAGUACCGUAUCGACAGGCACAACUCUCAACCGCCACCACGAGCAGUGUCGGCAAAGCCCGCUCGCGUUUCCCUUACGUAGCACGUAAUCCCGAUGAGCUCAGUUUUGAACGUGGUGCUGACAUUAUCAUCACCAGCCUUGAAGAGGCAGAUCCUGGCUGGUGGCGUGGCACCGUGGUGGGCACCAGCGAGGAGGGCAUUUUCCCCGCGAACUUUGUUGAGCGACUGACAUAGCCAUAUCCUUGUCGUUUUGUCCUGUCUUGUGCGUCAAUGUUCUUUGCCUUUAGCCUUUCCUGUGACGAACUGAAGCAAUAGUUGUACCUCUCUGGUUUCUCUGUCGCGUUCAGCUUUGUGACAAGCAGCUUGCUUGUAUGCUCUUCCCGGGUAUCAAUCUUUGAAGCGUAGCCUCCUCCACCCUCUUUUCCUAUUCGUUUAUAAAGUCUUUUUGUCUGCCUUCUUGUUUAAGUGUUUUCUUGGGUGUUUGGUUAACGUGCUCGGUUGACAAACCCUGCUGGUUUCCGCAUCGUGACUGCUGCUCCUUUCAUGUCUGAUGUUUCUUUUUGUUGUAUCGUCCCACAUGUCGCGCUUUGGCAUUGCACUGAGCUUGGUCAACAAUGACUGUCACUUGGCAAGAUUUCAAUCAACCCCCUCCCUCUGG